UGCAGAUGUCCGCUAAAGUUUUUCAGUCGUCGAGUGAACGCACCAACAAAACCAAAACCCAAAACGCAUUAUUAACCGUGAAAAAUCGUCCCGAGAGGUCCACCUGAACUCUUGAAAAACCGCCAACAACAGUAAAAAACAGGUGAAUCCGCGACUUUUCCUCGUUUUAACGUGCGAAAUAUGAAGUUCCAGUACAAGGAGGAGCAUCCCUUCGAGAAACGAAAGGCCGAGGGCGAGAAAAUUCGACGAAAAUACCCCGACAGGGUCCCAGUGAUCGUCGAGAAAGCGCCAAAGGCCAAGAUCAGUGACUUGGACAAGCAGAAGUACCUAGUCCCCUCUGAUCUUACGGUAGGUCAGUUCUACUUCUUGAUUCGUAAACGCAUACAUCUACGUCCCGAAGAUGCGCUCUUCUUCUUCGUAAACAACAUCAUUCCACCCACAAGUGCCACCAUGGGCUCGCUCUACCAGGAACACCACGAGGAGGAUUGUUUCCUCUACAUAGCGUACAGCGAUGAGAACGUGUAUGGCCACUAGAUUCCCAGCUAUCCAUUAUGACGCACCAUAUCCCCACAAAUGGAAAAAAAAAUCCACCAAAAAAGGUUUCAGAAAAUAAUCUAGAAUCUGUAAAUUUCCAAGAAUGAGUGACGAAACUAAAAAUGGAAAAAAUCGUAGUCUCUGUAGCAUCAGAAGCUUCAUGAACAUUUCAAAACCCCCCAGAGUUAAAUUAUCCAUUCACCAAUUUUUAUUGAUAAUAAAAAAUUGUUUUUUACUCUUUUCGAUCAUCUCUUGGUCCCAAAAUCUAGUCUCUAUUCAUCAGCAUCGAUAAUUAUUCCAAUUAUCACACGAGAUUGCUCUUCUGUCACUCAUUAAAUUCUGUUGACAAGUAUUUUUCCUCAAUAAAUAAUUAAAUAAAUAGAGGAAUCAAUUAAUUGAUUAAUUAAUUGUUCAACUAAUAACAGUAAUUUAUUUUUAUUAAAUUCCAUUCAAUCGCGAGAAAAAAUUAUCAAUAUCUCUCGUAAUUCAGAAUUGAUUACAAAUUAUUCAUUGAUUGAAUGAUUUAGUUUAAAUUAAUUAGAGAAUUGAAUCACUUCGCUGUCGAAAGAUGAAGGAAAAAUCAUGAAAAUAAUUUAAUGAAAUGAAUAAAUCAAGAUUUCUACGGAUUAAUAAAAGAGAAAUGAGUAGAAUCCAUCGGAAUAUGUGGGUGCAGUCGUCCAGGGAUAAAAAAAUUUUGAAAAUGAAAAAAAAAAAGAUGAAAAAGAUAAUUAAUAAAAACAAAAAAUGAAUAAAAAGUGGCGUGAUAAAUUUUUAUUUCACUAUUAGGCUAGUGUUGCUACUUGUAUUUUCAAUGAAUAUAAUGUUAUCAUUUAGUUAAUAAAAAAAAUGGCGAUUAUUUGAUUGAUAAUUUGAUUAAAGUUCGUGAGUUUUUCUUGCGAAGUAAAAUUCACGCGAUUGGUGAUUUCAAUAAUCAUGAGGGGAUGGAAAGGAGAAUUUUGUUACAUAACAUUUAUGAUGAUUUAUGAUGAAUUGUAUUAAUCCAGUGGAGUUUUGAUUGUGUGAUAAAAUCCAAUUAAUCGAUGUAAACGCCAAUAAAAUGACAAAAAAAGGAUAAAGAGGAGAAAAAAUA